AUGAAACUCGUGAACUUGGCCGUGUUGGCGUUUGCGUCGUGCAUCCUCGCCAAAAACAUUGUCUAUUUCGACGCACUUGUUUCGGCCAUGAACAACGACAAGCGAGAGGCGAAAAACAUCGUGUCGCUCGACGCGCUCAAGGCGGCCAGCGGCAGCGGUGUGUAUGAAGAAGAAGCGGCGGGAAACGCAGAUCCGGCGGCCCGCAAACGCGACGAGCAGGACGUUUUCCAUAUGUCGGCACCCUUGCUCCAAAGCUUGCUCCCCCAGGUGCCGCAGAUCUCGGUUUUCUCGAGCUACUUGCGAAACGACGCGAGGAUGGCCAGCCAGAUGGAGAACGCCGGCUCGUUUGUGUUGAUUGUGGCGCCCACGGACGAGGCGUUCGCCAGGUUUUCCGCCUCCACAGGCAAGAAGCCGUGGGAAUUCCCGCAGGAAGUCCGCGACGACGACACGGACGACCAGGUGAUCAGCGCCAACCUCCGGCACUUUGUGGAGGCCCACGUGUCGCGGCCGAUCGACCGGGAGCUGGCGGAAAACGCGCCCAUUACGCUUCUCAGCGGCGAGGAAAUGACCAUCGAGCGUUUGGCGGGGCCGGACAGCUACCAGGUUACGGUGGGCGACAAGCAGGCGGCGGUGGCGUCGAUCCGCCAGGCGGAGAACGGCGUGGUGUUUGUUGUGGACACGCUCUUGGUGUAG